UUUAUUUAUAUUAUUCCAUAUAUUUGAGCACUUUAUGCAAAUUUAUACACUUAUUCAUGAAGGAGAUAGGAAAGCCACAAGGAUGGCGGUUGCGAAGAAUCAGCACUGGCCAUCUCCCGAUCCUAGUCAAAUCACUUUCCAUUUUCACAGGAAUCUGAAGCAAAGUGGAUAUAAAGAACAUUUGCAAGGAGUGUAGACAAACAAGAAAUAUACCAAGUGUAGUUAUCAGUUUAAGAAGAAGAAGAAGAAGAAGAACAAGAACAAAGAACAAGAACAAAGAAAGAAUUUCAAACUGUCAAAUAAAAAAAAAAUGGGAUUCGCAACUAAUAUAGGAAAAUACCAUGUUGGAAGAACAAUUGGCGAAGGAACAUUUGCUAAGGUUAAACUUGCUGUAGAUAGUUCCAAUGCAGGUCAUGUUGCGAUCAAGAUUAUUAAUAAGCAAAUGGUUUUAGAGAGCAAUCUCAAGCAUCAGGUACAAAGGGAAAUAAGAACCAUGAAGAUUUUGAAUCACCCAAACAUCGUCCGAAUACAUGAGGUUAUUGGCACAAAAACAAAAAUUUACAUAGUAAUGGAAUAUGUAUCUGGAGGACAACUAUCGGACAAGUUGUCUUAUGCCACGAAACUGAACGAAUCAGAGGCAAGAAAACUGUUCCAGCAAUUGAUUGAUGCAGUGGACUAUUGUCAUAACAAAGGAGUUUAUCACAGAGACUUAAAGCCAGAAAACUUGCUUUUGGACAGUAAGGGAAAUCUGAAAGUAUCUGACUUCGGACUAAGUGCAUUGCGUAAGCAUGAUGACAUUCUGACUACAGCCUGUGGAUCUCCAUGCUAUGUAGCACCAGAGCUUCUUGCAAAUAAGGGUUAUGAUGGAGCAGCAGCAGAUGUUUGGUCCUGUGGAGUAAUUCUGUUUGAACUACUUUCCGGGUACCUUCCUUUUGAUGAUCGUAAUCUUAUGAUGUUAUAUAGGAAGAUAUCUCGAGCAGAAUACACAUAUCCACUAUGGUUUACCGAAAGUCAGAAGAAGCUAAUAUCAAGGAUACUUGAUCCUAAUCCUAAAAGUCGAAUAACAAUACCAGAGAUAAUUGACGAUGCAUGGUUUCAGACGGAUUAUGUGCCUUCUUGUGGAUGUGAAUGUGAUGAGAAAAUCUACUUUGAUGAUGUUAAUGCUGCUUUCGAUGCAACUGAGGAUGACACUGCAGCAGAGAAGAAGGUGCCCAAAUACUCAAGUUUCAUUAAUGCAUUCCAAUUGAUUGCAAUGUCAGAUGACCUUGAUUUAUCAGGUCUUUUUGAACAGGAAGAUAAGAAGCACAAAACAAGACUAGGCUCCAGGCUUACAGUAAAUGAAACCAUAAAGAAAAUAGAAGCUGCAGCAAUGGAUUUAAGUCUGUCAGUUGAAAGGAGGAACAACUUCAAGAUGACAAUGCAGCCAAAGACAAAGAUGACUAGAUGUACCAGAUCAUAUUAUGACCUAUCAGCAGAGGUAAUUGAGGUUGCUCCCACCAAUUGCGUUAUAGAAAUAUCAAAAUCAGCAGGAGAAGUAAGAUUGUAUUCAGAGUUCUGCAAAAGCUUAUCAAGUUUACUAACAGAGAAGUCAAAUGCACCAUUGCAAAUCCAAGAUUCAAAUGCAGAAAGCAUUACAAGUAACAAUAUCCAAGAAACAGGAAGCACUGAGAAGCAAAAUGACUUUCGGGGAUAUUCAUCCUCUUGAAGCUACUUUCUCUCAACUCUAUACUCCAAAUGCCUAGUUUCUAAAGGUUGCUGAAAGAAAAAUAUGUGCAAAUACAACAGAAAAUUGCUAGUGCAGAACCAUAGUAGAAAAUGUGACAAGUGUUGCACAAUUCCAAGGCAUGAUUUAUAGCAGAAAAGGUGAAACGGGGUGUAAAGCUGUUUGCUUAUUCAUAUGCAACUGUGUGUUUCUCAAUUUUCCCCUCCUCUUUUUUUUUGAACCUCUACCAUCUCAGUCAAAGAUGUAAAGUAAAGGCCAGAAUUCUUCAUUAAUUUUUUUUGAAUGAGAUAAAUGGCCAAAAUUCUUCCUGUGCCUUUGUUUUGUGAAAUGUUAGCCUGAUUUUAUUUGUUCA